ACUGUUGCUUUGGAACUGGAGGACCGCGCGCGCUUUUGAAAGUUGAAGGAGUUGGGAGAGUUGGGAAGUCGAGGAGGCUGAAGACGGGAGAUAAGCUGUUUCAGGGCGCGAUGUGACGAUGGAGUGGGCCGAAGUCAACUCGACGUGGAACGUCUCCACGUUAUCGAACGAAGGAACGACGCCGGAAACGCCGCCGAAGACCGGAAGCAUACCGCAAUGGUACGAGACGGGCAGGAUCACAAUACCAUUGUAUGCCGUUAUCUUCAUGUUGGCGGUCGUAGGAAAUACCCUUGUUAUUCUCACGCUGGUGAAGAACCAGAGGAUGAGGACGAUAACAAACUUGUUCCUGUUGAAUUUGGCCGUCUCCGAUCUCCUGCUGGGCGUCCUUUGCAUACCUUUCACGUUAAUAGGGACGCUGUUGAGGCACUUCGUUUUCGGGGAAGUCAUGUGCAAACUCCUACCCUUUCUGCAAGCGUGUUCUGUGAGCGUCGGCGUCUGGACGCUCGUAGCCAUCUCCGUGGAACGCUACUACGCCAUCUGCCACCCGUUGAGAUCACUGAGGUGGCAGACGAUAAGUCACGCUUAUAAGCUGAUCGUGGGCAUAUGGAUCGGAAGUUUCGUCUGCAUGGCUCCCAUAGCCCUCCUCAGCCAACUCAAGCCCACCAAACAAGGCAACUACAAAUGCCGCGAAGACUGGCCGUCUCUGGAGUACGAGAAGGCCUACAACCUCUUCCUCGACGUUGUACUUCUUGUCAUCCCCCUCCUCGUCCUCGGGGUGGCCUACUCCCUCAUCACCCGCACCCUCUGCAAGGGCAUGCGGACCGAGAAAACCCUGCGAGACUCCUCAAACGGCGCAGUCGACGCCUACAUCACCCUGCAUGGCUCCACCACCAGCCGCUGGGGCAGCAAAGGCCGCUCCAACUCCCAGUGGCGUCAGCUGCGUCACAACUGGUCCCAGGACUCGUCUAGCCCGUUCGGGGGCUCGCAGAAGCAGAUGUCCAGCGGGCUGAGGCGCACCAACGCCGAACGCAGCUUGCUCAACAAGAAGAGGGUCAUCAAGAUGUUGUUUGCGGUGGUUUUAGAGUUCUUUAUUUGUUGGACGCCGCUGUAUAUCAUCAACACCAUCGUUCUUUUCGAGCCGUCGAUUAUAUAUAAUAAUUUGGGGUACAAAGCAAUCACGUUUUUGCAGCUGUUGGCGUAUUGUUCCAGUUGCUGCAAUCCGAUCACUUAUUGUUUCAUGAAUUGUGGCUUCAGGAAGUCGUUUCUUAAUUUGUUCAAGUGCUUGAAGAAGUCGAGGAAUUUUGGGGUCAACGGGAGCGAGAUUAACAUGGAGACGAAGUGGACGACGAGGUGCUCGGAGAAUGUGGAGUUUAUCAGAUAG